CUUUAUUUAGGACUUCCUCAAAUUGGAAAAGCAGUCCCAUUGUCCAACAUGCAACUACCAGACAUAUCUAUCCCAAGCAACACUGCUCUCAUGGAACAGACGAUUGAAUACCAAAAAGGAAUCUUAGGUUGCAGUGGGGACAGGAGAUGUUGGCUUUGGGAGUCCGGAUUUGAUGACUGGCAACAAUUUGCCCCUCCUCAGAGCAAUCACUUUUUUGGAAAAAUGGUGCUACUUCAGGGCAAACCUUUGUUGAUUGGAGGUUGUGACUCUAAUGAUAUGACAUGCCCACCAUUGGCCAAAGUUGAAGUGUAUGAAGAGAGCACCAAACAAUGGCUUUACAAGGCAUCAUUACCGCAGCCCAUCAGAAGUUUUGCAGCUAUUGUUGUGGACAAUGGAACCAAAGUAAUUGUGGCGGGUGGAAGACUAUCCUCUAGUACAACGGAUAUGGUUACGAGUUUCCAACUUCUCAACAAUGCCUGGACGAUUUUGAAUUCAGCACCAAAUCCUAUUUGUUAUCAAUUAGGAACCCGAGUGACGCUACCAGACACUCGGGAUGGGUUUCUGAUGGUGGGCGGAUUUCUUGAUGGCGCUUUCACUCUAAGCGUUAAGGCGUUCUUUAUGGAUUUGGAGACCAUGUCUUGGGAGAGUCUUUCAGCCUUUGACACUAUAGGAAACACUAUGCACGGUGGUGAUAUGUUUUAUCUUGAAGGACAAGUAUUCGCCAUCCCAUAUUAUGAAGGUGGCAUUUGGCAAGACGCCUCGAGGAUUCUCUCGAGGGAUAUGACGGACAGCAACGCUCAAUGGAUAUCCCACAACAUGUCGGCAAAGUUUAACUUGGGAAAAAUCAGUACAAUAUCUAUCAAAGUUGAAGAAUUUCCAAUUGUCUGGAUCUCAGCUUAAGAUAAAAUGCCAAUGUUGCAUUUAUGAAUAUUGUUUUUGCCUUUCAAGAAAGUAAUUACGCUCGGGGUGGCAUGGC